ACACUCUCCUUUCUCUAUGUUUACCUUACUAACCCUCUACCAUCAACGUUAUCACCCAAUAGCUGAAUUUUAAAAAAGGUUAUUCCCUCCAAUUCUCCCAUGGAGAAUCCUCCGCCUGGCCAAUCAGCAACUGCGGCCUUGGCUUUUCCAUUCCGAUGACGCCCCCCCCCCAUUCGUGACGCGUUGGUGCGCGGGCCAGAGGAAGGGAGGGGGGAGUGGCGCGGGCCUAAGCCUUCGGUACGCGUUGCGGUUAAGAACAGCCGUUCAGAAUGUCCGCGGGCGACCGCGGUGACUGGCUGCCGCCGCGCGCGCCAGGCAGCCCGACCAUCCGCACCGUGGAGAUGCACGCGGGAGGGGAGCCACUCCGAGUGGUGGUGCCGGGCGGGCUGGGACUGCUGGAGCCCGCGCCUGGGUUGCCCCUUCUGACUCGGCGGCGUCGCCUACUGGACUCCCCGGAGCUGGACGCUGUGAGGCGGAUGUUGAUGCACGAACCCCGGGGACACCGCGACAUGUACGGCGCGGUGCUGGUGCCCAGCGAGCUGCCCGGAGCCGCCCUCGGAGCUCUCUUCGUGCACAACGACGGCGCGAGCUCCAUGUGCGGACACGCCGUUCUUUGUCUGGGCCGCUUUGCUCUCGACUACGGCCUCUGCCAGCCCCCGCCUUCUCCCGGCGAGACCGCCGUCGCCAUUCACUGCCCCUGCGGGCCCGUCACAGCCUUUGCGUCCUGGGACGGACAGCGCAGUGGAAGCCGCGUUCGCUUCCACAGCGUGCCCGCCUUCGCCGCGGCUACCGAUAUAACCAUUGAUGUUCCUGGCUAUGGAAAAGUCCUCCUUGAUGUUGGAUAUGGGGGUGCCUUCUAUGCAUUUCUCAGUGCUGAACAAUUGGGCCUUGAUGUAUGUUCUUCGAAGAUUAGGGAUCUGGUAGAUGCAGCAUCUGCAGUAACUGAAGCCGUAAAGGCUCAGUUCAAAGUACACCAUCCUCUUAUUGAAGACAUGGCUUUCAUUUAUGGAACUAUACUGACAGAUGGAAAAGAUGAAUUUAGUGAUGAACCUACAACUAACAUAUGUGUAUUUGCAGAUGCACAGGUUGACCGAAGUCCUACAGGAUCAGGUGUGACUGCUCGCAUUGCCCUACAAUACCAUAAAGAAUUAAUUCAGCUGAACCAGACCAGGACCUUCAGAAGCAGUUCAACUGGUUCCUUGUUCACUGGAAAAGCAAUAAAGGCAAAUACAAAACUUUUGUUGUGGGGGAUGGGUGGGCAGGAAAGAGUUUGG